AUUAGAUUUAAAGGAAGUAAAUGUUUCUGUGAGCUCAGCUGCUGCGAAGGACUCUAUCGGCUCCGGACCGCUCGCCAUUUUAAUCUACCAUCUGAAGGAAUAACACACAAUAUCAUAAGGCGUUUCUUUACCAAACCACGGAUCUCCAUGAUGAUGGAAAUGGAGGUGACGCAUUCCGGUCAACAGGACAUGGAGCUGAUUGACAUACUGUGGAAGCAGGACAUUGAUCUUGGCGCCCGGCGUGAAGUGUAUGACUACAACCACCGUCAGAAAGAACAUGAGCUGCGGAGGCAGCGGGAGCUCGAAGAAGAGAAGAGACAGCAUCUGGUGCUGGAGCAGGAGAAGGCCCUGCUGGCACAGCUACAGCUCGACGAGGAAACGGGAGAGUACAUACCCCGCCCGCCACCCAGCGGCCCACUGCAGUCGACUGUCACACCUCUAGAGGUUACACAGAAUGUCAGCUUCACAGAAGAGACCGGUGACACCAUGUCAUUUGAUGAAUGUUUGCAGCUUCUGGCAGAGACAUUUCCUGUAGAGGAAACUGAGAACGCUUCAGUUUGCCUUGACACAACCGCUGCCUCAGCACCCAUGAUGUCCCCCGAGCAGCCGGCUCUUCCACCGGUCACCCUCUCCCCAGGUCCACUACCACCACCACCACCACAGAGGAUGUCCCCAGAUUUGGAGCAGGCCUGGAUGGAGCUUUUGUCCCUCCCUGAGCUGCAGCAAUGCCUGAACAUGCAGAUGGAGGACACACUGGAGACCACAACGUAUCCUCUUCCAAACAGCCCAGAAGUGCAGAAUCCAAACUACCCUUUUUACCCCAUGACCAGUCUAUCAGACGGGGAAACAAACAGUGUGAAUGUUUGCUCUCCUGAGUUCAUGAACACAUUUGAUGUUCCAGCUGUUGCCCCACCAGACAAUCUCAGCCAGCUGAAGGCAAAAGCUCCUCAGUUGAAUGCCAACUUCACUGCAGAAAGCUUCAAUGACAUAUUUUACCCCAGUGCUAUUCUGGAAGAGAACAGUGGCCAACAUGGCCUUGAAGGACAUGAAAGUAACGCCAUGUCUGAUGUCCCGACCAAGCCUCCCUUGACAACAGUGGACCUUUACAGCCUCUCACCUGGAGAUGCUUUAGACAGAGGCAAACAGAAUGUGAUGGCAGAAUUGCCAGACUCAGAUUCAGGAAUCUCUUCCAACAUAAGUCCAAGUGCUAGCUCACCAGAGAAGUCUUUGUAUGGAGACGAGUCCUUUGGUUACAGCGAUUCAGACAUGGAGGAGAUGGAUCACAACCCUGGAAGUGCAGAAUCUGACUACUCAGAGAUGUUCACACUCAAUUUCCAACCUGAUGAUAGAAACAUGGCGAUUUCGUUAUCUGCAGCGUUAGAACAUGCCCAACAGCAGCAGGGAAAGGACCCCAAACAACACAAGACAGACCCGGCGGAGGAGAAGGGCCUCAACAACGCCCCCUUCACCAAAGACAAGCAGAAGAAACGCUCGGAGAUGCGUCUCUCCAGAGACGAGCAGAGGGCUAAGGCCCUCAAAAUCCCUUUCACUGUUGACAUGAUUAUCAAUCUGCCUGUAGACGACUUCAACGAGAUGAUGUCGAAGCACCAACUGAGCGAGGCCCAGCUGGCCCUGGUCCGAGACAUACGCCGCCGCGGCAAGAACAAGGUGGCUGCCCAGAACUGCCGCAAACGCAAGAUGGAGAACAUAGUGGGGCUGGAAAGCAACCUGGACUCGCUGAAGGACGAGAAGGAGCGUCUGCUGAGCGAGAAGAGCCAGAACAUCACAAACCUGAGGGAAAUGAAGCAGCAACUCAACAGCUUGUACCUGGAGGUCUUCAGCAUGCUGAGAGACGAGAAGGGGAACGGCUACUCCCCCUCCGACUACUCCCUCCAGCAGUCCACCGACGGCAGCAUCUUCCUCGUCCCUCGCACCAAAAAGACUUUCAUCAAGAACGAGGACAACCUUGUGUCUCCCAUGUAAUAUGGUACUGCAUUAUCAUAGUAAUACUAUGCAAUAACUGUAGUCAUUCAGCUUUAAAGCAUUAGUAGCUCAGCAGAACUAUUGUAUAGUUUUUGCUCACUUCUCUUGAAUGUUGUAAUAUUUUUGAUAUUUUACUUAUUUUGUACUCGGAUACCUUAAACAGAUUCUUUAACCAAUAUUGUUUGUAAAUAUAAACAUUACUUGCUUUUGAGAUUGAUAAAACAGUUACUGUACGUGUAUAUAUAUAUUGUAUAUAUCAUAUUUCUGUAUGCUAAUGAUGUUUCAAUCAUUAUUACUCAUAUUUUAUAACUGUCCCUUUAUGAUUUGCUGCCCAGGUUCUUUUAUAAAAAUCUUGCUUUUCAAUAAAGUAUUCCUAUAGCUAAA